UGAGGACACCCCACAGCUCCACAUCCUUCUUCCUGCGUCCUCCGAGUCCAUAGCUCGAGCCUGAUUCAGCCUCUACAUGACCACGAUCGGGCCCGGAGAUCCGGAAGCUCUGAUACUAUUCAUCGGCCGCCCGACAGGAUUAUGGACAACUCCCUCAGGGGGCAGAGCAAGAUCAGGAAACGCGCAGCAAAGGCCUGCCUUGCCUGCCGAGCACGCAAAGUCCGCUGCGAUGUCUCACAAAGGGGCCGACCAUGUAUGAACUGUUAUCUGGAUAAUGAGACCUGUGUUGUUACCACUCGAGCAACCAGACGCAAAAAGCAGAAAGACGACGGGAGCAAUGCGGGCGCCUCGGGGACGCCCGUUGAGCCUCCCAAUGACUCGCAGAGGCGCGUCUCUGCAGAAUCGACGUCAGCCGUCGAAAAUGUGCGAGACGCGAAUAUGUCUGCUGGCACCGCGUCAGACGCUGCGGGUGGAAAUCUCGAAACUGUCUUUCAUGAGCCCCCCAGGACGACCGCCGCAGAGAGCAAUGGCGCCAAACUGGCCUUCCACACGCCAGACAUCAACGUGCAACGGCUCUCGAUGCCGCUGCCGCCUCUGCAGAACUACCCGCCCGCCCGAGCAGGACUCCAGUGGAGCGGAGAACAGAGCACGAGGUUCGGUGCCGACAUCACCUACACGUACUAUCCGUUUAUCGAGUUGAAUAACCUCGCGGCUAUCCCGCCUCAGGAUGUCAACUACCUGGAGCUGCAGGGCUGCUUGCGGGUGCCAAUUAGGACCAUCCUGGAUGAGUUUGUGAAGCAGUUCUUCCUGCACGUACAUCCCAUCAUGCCAUUACUAAACGAGGGGGACUUCUGGGAAAUGUAUGCUUCUCAAACUCAGGGAACACAUGUGUCGACGAGGCUAUCGCUACUCAUGAUGCAGUCCAUGUUGUUCUCGGUUUGCGGUUAUGUGCCUCGGAAUAGCAUAAAGGCUCUGGGGUUUCCAGAUGUCAAAGUCGCCAGAUCUUCAUUCUACCGUCGAGCAAAGCUUCUUUUCGAUUUUGAAAGCGAGUACAGUCCUCUUGCCGUCGCUCAAGCGGCCCUCCUACUGUCAUCUUGGUCAACAAACCCGACCGGACACAACACUCGCGUCAGCAGCAGUUGGCUUAGCACCUCGAUCCAGCAAGCGCGAAUCGCCGGUGCCCACCGUUACUCCUCGUUACAACAGGCCCAGUGGCCCCAGUCUCAGCGAUCGGAGGUUCUCAGGCAUCAGAAUUCACUCAAGAGGCUUUGGUGGUGUAUCAUCCUCCGCGACCGGAUCAUAUCACUCAUGUUCCGCACAUGCAUCCAAGUCACCAGGGCGCAUUUCGACUUCGACGACGAGGCACACGCGCCCUUGGAUGUUGCGGACAUGGCAGACGAGAUUGAGCGAAGCCGGGUGUAUAACUCGGGGACAAAGAAAUCCUUGAUAGAUAUGUUGGCCCACCACUUUCGGCUCAUGGUCGCGUUCACAGAUCUCCUUGAGUUUGUAUGGCCGCUUAACGAAUCACCACAGUGGGAAAAGAGAUACGGAGAUGAGGAGGCUGUCAAAAUCGAGCACUGCAAGGCCCAGAUGAGAAGCUGGUAUCAACGAGCUACGGCGAGAUUCCCCAUGCCAAAGGCCGGGAUAUCUGCGAGGCGUAGCAUGGCUGGCGGAGGCAGAUUGGCUGGCGACUUUCACCACGAUUCCGUCGUGUUGUACACCAACCUGAUGUACAUCACUUAUCAUUCCGCUGUGACACGACUGUGCCACCUUGAGUGCCUCCAAUUAACGCUGGCAGCGAUAUCAAAUAAAUCGGGCAGCACGUUCCCAGAUCCAUCAGUAUUGUCCAAGAAUGGAAUAGAGAUACGAGAAGCGGCUUCUGGGGCCGUACUAUGUCUGCAGGAGCUCAUAGAACUUCGCUUGUCAAAGUGGCUGCCCAUCAGCGUGACAUCGUGCACAUCACUUCCUCUUAUCCUUCACGUUAUUGACGCGAAGAUUCCUUCGCAGCACGGUCCCAAACUGCCGCCCAGCCUCAACGACCUUGUGGAAGCCGUAAGAAACUACCAGUCGGCCCCAGACAGUCUGGACUGGAUGUACGACGCAGUCCGAGGCAUUGUCAGCCUCUCACAGCUUCAGGAUUCGAGCCACUUCUCAAGCCCGUCCUCCCUGACAGCCGAGAACCUGGGCGCAGUCAACAGCAGCACCUCGGCGUCCACGUCCGAGCUCGCGUGUCACCCUAGCGUACACCUGCGCCUCGCCCUGGUGAUGGACGCGGACCUGAAGAGGGGCAAAUCGCUCAACACGAGGGAUUUAUCAGCGGGGAUAGCCCGGCUCUUUUCGAGCGACAGCGUCAACCGCAUCAGGGCGCUCAUCAGCCGAGCCCCCCAGCAGCAGCAGAAGCACACGCCCUCGGCCGGCGGCGUCUCGCGUGGUGUCCAGUCCGGCUCGAGCAGCUCGGACAACCCCUACAAUAUCUCGAGGAGGGAGGCGCUGCUCAACUGGGGCCAUGGCGACCAGUCCAUGAUAUUUGCCAUCGAGCUGGGCCUCGUGCCCGCAGAGCCGGCGGCGGGCGGCUACAGCAGCGACGACUCGGCGAGCGCCAUGUCUGUUGGGUCGGACGAUGAUGAUGACGCCGCCCCGGCGUCGACGGGACAGGGCUCUGCGCUUGCCCACCGUGGAGCCGCUGACAGUAUGGACUGGAGAGAGGUUGCAGCACAGGCCUUUGCCGAGACUGGGGAUAAUGUUGAGAGGGACAUGCUGGGUGCUUUUAUCUUCCGGGACCAGGCGCUUGGACCUGAAGCUGGGUAUCAUGUGGUAGAAGAUUACGGCGGGCACGUUGGCGCUGUGGGCGACUUUGGCGAGCCAGCUGCGCAUGGGGCACAUGAUUCUGAGGACGACGAUGGCGAUCUGGAUACGCAUGAUGCAAUACUUGGUGUGGUGGCUUAGGUCAAGUGGUUCGCGGAUGAUUUCCGGUGGUUGAUCCCCUGUGUAAACAAUACUGGUGCAGCCUUGCUUGAGAAGGUCUUUAUGGCUCCCAUACCAUUGCUACUUGCCUGAACGGCCUUGAAGUAUGUACAUGGAGCUGAAGAAUGUCAAUGUUCCUGAUGGACAGGUCACCAACAGCAAUUUUCAGAGACCGGCUGUACCUAGGUACCUCGCGUGCACACUGGCAGUGGAUAAUGCAACACACAGC